AUGGCAACCAAAACUUCUUCUUCUUCUUCUUCUUCUUCUACAAGAAGGUGCCUAUGCUCUCCCACCACCCACCGGGGCUCGUUCCGCUGCAGCCGGCACCGUGGUUCUCGCAAGCUUUCUGCUGAAUCUGCGGUCUACAAUAGCCAAACAAAGGUGGACUGCAAAACCCAGUACUUUAUCAAGGGAUUCAAGGCGUUUCUCAUGCAGAUCAUCAAGCCCUCAAGCCAUGAUCUUCAACGGAGUAGGAAUUUCCAGCCCAGGCCCACCAGGUUCCGUUUGAUGAAUAGCAUUAAUGGCCAUGAUGGGCUGGCAGUUUCUUGA